AUGCCACAAGGACUUCCAAAACAUGCCUUGCGGCAUCAUCCACCGCCAGAACCACGAGCUGAGGUGUCCCCAGCCGCACCGCCGGCUGACAGCUACGGCGAGAUCUCAAGGGAGACUGAAACCUGGAAAGAAUCAGAUUACCCUUCCGUUACUCCAGCCGAUCAGGGGAAUUCAUGGGCCACUAGUCAGAGCUACGCCGAUGCCGACACCUCCACCGAAGACAGCUCAGUCUUCUCUUGGGGCUAUGAUGAGUUUGAUAAAGCUGCCACACAACAAGUUCAGGAAAUCUUCAGGCAAAUCGAUGAGCUUCUCUAUGAGCAGAAAGAAAAUGUGCAUGUUGAGGGACUGCGGGAAGAAUGCCAGCAGUGGACAUCCAACUUCCCUCAUCUCAGGGUUGUGGGGAAGCAGAUAGUGAUCCCCACAGAUGAAGGGUACGGGUGGUAUUCAAGUUCCCCUUCUGGCAGUCUGGGUUCCUCAGAUGUAAGUUCACCACGAGAAAAAGAGUCUGACGAAAUUAGUGUUUUUGGCAAGAAGGUACCUCUUUCUGUUACUCCCGUUCACAAAAAGGCUGACCGUUCCAAGUCUCCGACCUUGUGUUCUCCAGAGAGCGAAGAGGGUGAAGAUGGAGUAAUUGUCUCUGAAGGCGUAGUGGAGGAAUAUUUAGCCUUUGAUCGCAGAGAUGUGGAGGAGGAGUUGCAUGAGUGGAAAAUGGGAUUGUCCUCUGGUAGACGGAAAUUGGGGUUUCCUCCUAUCUCUCCACAUUCCUGCAUGAAGGAUUCUGUGCUCACAUUUGUGUUUGAUGAUGUGUGGAGUGAAGUCCUAGGCUGCAUGGAAGAAUUAAUCUGCAGGCACUGGGAAGGGUCAGCCUCUGAUGAUGAGAAAAAUAUCAUCACAGUAGAAACAAUCAGAGCAGCUGCUGGAAGCCCUUUGCAGUUUGAUCCUCUGCCAGCAUUGUUACCUCGUGUGCCACAAACUAAAAUGCCCUCAGUGACAUCAAAUCUGCGCCCAAAAACCAGAUGUGGCCGCAAAAGCAAAAAGAGGAGAAAACCACCUCAAGUAAAUCCCUCUCAAGGGUCAAGUAGUGGCUCUCAACGUAAUCUAAACGGCUUGAUGGUGAUACAUGGGAUCCAGCUACAGCAAAGGAAUCUGCCUGCAAUGGAAAAAACAGUGGACCUGGAUGACAAACGGCCGGGCUCCAGUUCCACCCUCUCUACCAGAGUGUGGCCAAAUCGUCCUCUAGAGCUCAGCGCAUCAUCCCUGUCAUGUUCCACAAGGAGGCGAAACCCACCACCACGUACCCUGCACCCCAUCAACACAAGUCACUCUCGUACAGGUUCUGUGGACGAUGUCGUCAGGGGAACUCGACUUCUGACUGCACACGAGCAGCUGACCUCGCCCUCUGCGCUGCCGCUGAGCCGAAAUAAUCUCCUACCACCCAUUACUGCCACCAACGUGGCAGAGCGUGUGAGCACUGCAGGAUCCCAGAGGCAAACGAAAUCUCGAGGGAACUCAAGUCGAGCUCACAGUGUAACAGCACAGGAAGAUACCCACCAGCAGCUACAGGAGCGGCUUUUCCUGCCUGAUCAGUUCUCCAGGCCUAACACAACCAACGCAUUCUUGCCAGAUCCGCAGCACCGCCAUUCUUGCACUGUUAUUGACUGUAGCAAUCAAACUUGGACAAGCAGAGGAUCAACAGGUUCAGGUCUUCAGCUGCACGGUUCUGUGAAAGCCCACAGCCGAAGCGGAUCAGUCACAAAAAGCAAGCAGGGGUUCUAAGGUGCCAGAAAGAAGCAUCCGUCCAUCUCCAGGGAGUCAUGAACCACCUCUCAUCCUCAGCCAUGCCAACAUUGUUUACAGAGAGUUUUCAAACACCCUUCCUUGUGAAUAACUAUUUUUAUAUAAAUCUUAAGAAGCGGCUGCCAAAGAUUAGGUGGAGUAUACUUAAACAUUCCAUUUUCUACCGGUAGAAAGAGUUAUACUCCAGUGGAAGGGUGAAUAUACUCCAGUGGGCAGUGAAGCCUAGCGCCUAGACAAUCUAGCAAAUGCUCUCAAGUCACUGCUGUUUUCCCCACUACUGGCUUGUUGCUGGUUGACGUUGUUACAGACGGGCACUGCAAAACCCGCUGAUUUUUCUGUUAGCUCUACAGAAGAGAAACCAGGUUUUCCAUAGCAGUAGUAAUUUAGAUUUUUCAAGCUGUAUUUAUAUGUUUAAAGCAAUAUUACACUAUCAAAAGCAAGCACUGCAGAUAAUAGUGCUUCUACCACUCAUCUUAGACAAGUUACAAAUCCUGUAGUAAUUGCAGCAGGUAUUAACACAGUUGUGUAAAGCGGAGGUAGCAAACCAGACGAAGAGAGCUGGCAGCUGCAAGGGUAACGCACCCCUGACUCUUCCUGCGUUACGUACUUAUACCUCUUCCUCAGUGGCUGAAGAAAAACGUUUAAGAGGCAAAAAAAGGAGUCUCCUACUGCAAGUAGUUCCAGACAGUAUUCAGAGAAAGUACAUUGUCUUCCUCGUGAGAUAUUUUACGCUAAUUUCACAGAAUCGGUUGGUCUUCCCUUUCUAAAAAUACCUGCAAUUAUACAAGGUUUCUGCACUCCGCCAUGAAGUUCCACAACCCCCAGGUGCAACGUAGCUUUUAGUAGGUGUGUUCUGCACUGUGUGCGUUAGCUGGAGUUGCCCCUGUGGCUCCAAACCAGACAAAAACAUGUAAUGUGCGCUUCUCAAAAUAAGUGAUUAACUGAAGGUCUUUCUUACUCCCAAGCAGUAAGCGCCAGACUACAGGGAAGCGUAAAGACGAGGUGAGGAUAAUCACUUGCUGGAUUGUAACCAAGUUAGGACGCUGCAUGAAAACAGUUCUUCCUUUAUAAUCCAAUUAAAGAGCACUUUUUUUCUAAAUUUCCUUACUCGUAUUUUUCAAAUUGCAGUUCAUAAUGGAAGACACUUGUCAGUAUUCUCUAUGAAGUGGCUCCCACCUCCCCACUCUAAGUUAUGCAAUCUGUCAAACGUUAGUGGUACCUACAGAACAGCGAGUAUUUUUUAACCAGUAUUGAAGUUCCUGAGCCCAGCUGAUCCAAGCAUGCUCUAAUCAAAAAGCAGGGAAAAGAAAGCAAAGCAGAACUGUGCAAAUGUAAC